UUUUCAGUUUGUUUCAGUUUUGUUGAAGUUCUAUUUUCUAUUUGGUUUGGUUCUAUUUUUUAGUCAUGAAGUUAAGUAGUAUCGUGGGAUAUUUGAAGUUCUUGGGUACUCAAAAUUCAAGAAGUUUUAAAAGGAAAAUAAGUUUUAAACUCUGGUCAUCUUAUUUUGGCUGGAAAAAUAGAGGAAAGUUCUGAGCAUACCAUCAAAAUAUAAUAUGGUUUAUUCCUUCAGUCAGGUCCAAUCCCCACGAAAUUAAAGGAACCCUAUCUUUCACAAAUGGCAUGAGCAUUAGCCAAAUGUUAUGUUCUUGUAAAGCAGAAAAUAGUGGAAAAUGUAAACAUGUCUCUACUCUUGUUAAAUGUAAGUAUAAGGGAAAAUGUGAAAUUAAUGGAACAUUCAGUACAUAAGUUGAAAAAACGUUAACAGAUUGGCAAAUGAAGACCAUUUUUAAUUGAUCUAAACAUUUAUAGAAACAAAGUACCUAUAUGGUUAAUAUAAAAUAUUACCUGCCUGAAGUAACUUGAUGUACAAAUCAAUAGUAACCAUAAUUUUUUUCCCAGGGCCAGUGAGAAACAAUGUGCAUUUCAUUUCUAAUAGCCACUUUACACGAUGCAACUAAUUGCGCAAUUAAUUGCACAAUUUCUUGCAGCAGUAGAAAUUGCAUCGUGUCAUACGAGAAUUGCACAGAAAAGCUGCAACUCCUUGCUGCAAUAAUAAGUUGCAGCUAAAUAGAACAUGUCCUAUUUUUCAUGCAAUUUUUUCUGCAAUUUGGUAAUAUUUUUAGUAACUUUGAUGCUACACUGUUUGUGUUUUUACUUUUCUGUCAACAAUUAAAAGUGUUUGAUGACAUUGACAUUCUGUCAUUCUCAAAUCUCAAUUUCAAAGUCACACUUUGCUUUUGUGGACAUUUUUCUGGUUGAAAUUUUAUUUAUUGUUGUAUUGUUUGAAAUUCUUUUUUACCGAUAGAAUGGAUAACUAUAAGAUUAUUCUUGGGACGUCCGCAAUACUGCUUGCCGCAGCAGCUAUGAAACUGCGACAAGAGAAAAGCAAGAAAAAAACACGGCGUUGUUGGGUUAGGCCCUGGUUAUCAAAUGGAGAUAUAAGUAAAGGUAAUUUAAAUCUGGUAGAGGAGUUCAAUGAACCCUCUAUAUAUUUAAAUUAUGUCAGGAUGGAUGAGAAUGCUUUUGAGCGCCUAUUACAUUUAGUCACACCAGACAUUGAGAAGCAGAAUACUGUCAUGAGGGAGUCAAUCUCUGCAAAACACCGACUGAUAAUAACCCUUAGGUUCUUGGCAACGGGUAACUCUUAUAGAAGCCUAAUGUACGAAUUUAGAGUGUCUGAAUCGACAAUAUCAAAAUUUGUACCUGAAGUAUGUGCUUCAAUUUAUAAACGAUUGAAAGAUCAAUACUUGAAAGUGCCUAAUACUGCAGCAGAUUGGCUGAAUAUCGCAGAAGAAUUUCAGAAUAUUUGGAACUUUCCACACUGCUUGGGAGCCAUGGAUGGAAAACACAUCGUGUUUAAAGCUCCAAGUAGUGCUGGAUCUACAUAUUUUAAUUAUAAAGGCACACACAGCAUCGUGCUUUUGGCUUUGGUGGAUGCACGUUACAAUUUUUUAUAUGUGGAUGUUGGGGUAAAUGGCAGAAUCUCAGAUGGGGGUGUUUUUCAUCGGAGCUCCCUUAAUGCCGCCAUAAGGGAUAAUGUUUUAAAUUUCCCAAUUGAAGCUCCAUUGGCUGGUAGGCAAAGAAUUAUGCCAUAUGUAAUAGUGGCAGAUUCAGCCUUUGCCCUUCAGAAAAAUAUAAUGAAGCCGUUUCCAUUUAGAAAUCUGACGCCUUUCCAGCAAAUCUACAACUACCGCCUUAGCCGAGCAAGACGUGUUGUAGAAAAUGCUUUUGGGAUUUUGGCCAAUCGUUUUAGGGUCUUUCAAAGUGUAAUUGGUCUCUCGGCAGAUAAGGUGGAAAUAAUUACUUUGGCCUGUUGUGCACUGCACAACUAUUUAAGCAGUGUGUGUGUAUCACGGUACAGAAGUGAUCUGGAUAAAAAAAUCUCUUUUAAAUUUAGUUUGAGCCAACAAGGGGGAAAUAGAUCAAACACAGAAGCACAAGAAAUAAGAGAAGAGUUUGUACAAUAUUUUAAUACUGUGGGAAGGGUGACAUGGCAAGACAAUAAUUGCUAAUUUUAUUCUUUCUUUUUAUUUUUUAUUGGCCUCCAUCUUCUAUGAUCUUGUGCUUCCAUUUCCCAUUAUUGUACCCCAAAUUCUAGAUAAAUCGGCUUCAACAUCAUGCCUCCAUCUUUUUCUCAUAUGGCCUCCAAUUUUCAACCAUCUUGUCUUUCAAAGAACACAGUCUUUACCUCUAGGUUAUUUUAUCCAGUUAGCUUUUAUAUGAUUAUUUAGAUUUUAAACUAAGUUUUUAGUAAUGUAGAGUCACCAAUUCAGCAUUGUGGCACCUUGUUUAAUCACCAGUCAAUUCAUCUCUUUGAGGAACAAAUAUCAUUCUCAACAGUUCAUAUUUCACUUUCAUAUAUGUAACAACUGGGCAAAUAAUUGAUGUGUACAGUAUUAAUUUAGAUUGUCUUAUUAGCAGCUUCGAUCUUAUUAAUGUUGAAAUAGAGUAUAAUGCUCUAUUUCCUGCAGCUAUUCAUGCUGAGACUAUCUUCUGCCAUGAGAUUGUCAGCCAGAAUUACUGCCUCUAGGUAUUAUAUAUCAAUUCUUUUAGUACUUCUUACUUGUGAUUAUUAAUAGUUAUGUUCUGGCUAACUCUUGGUCUUAGAUUUUUGGUUACUUGAAUGUAUGCUGUCUUUUUUUCAUUUAUUCAGAGACUCACAAGUCUAUACCAAAAUAUUACUAUUCAACAGGUUUGAGUGAACCUUGUCUUCUACUAACAAACUUGUAUUUUCAUGUGGAACCUGACUAUCAUUUUUUCUAAUUUGUAAGUAUUGAAUCUUUUUGUCAGUAAAAUCAAUAUGAAUCCAUUUGAUUUCAUUAAGCUUAAUUCUCCAUGAUUUAGUUCAAUUAUUAUUGAUCUGAUCUACGGAGUUCUACAGUUUGUGUGUGUUCUGUCAGAUUUCUUUGACUGUGGACUUAAUCCAUUAGUGUAACUAAAAUUACUUUUAUGAGAUAUCUCUUAUACCCAUUAUAUUUUUGAAUUUGAAAAAACUUAUUUGAUAAUAAUUUACAAAUACACAUUAGAAGUUAUCUCUUUUAGUAAUUUUUUCUUUUUAUAUUGUCGUUUUAAUUUUUUUUAUUUUAUGAUUAGAUAAUAUAGUCUGUACAAAGUUGCUUCGUGAGGUUGUUUGCCAGGUUUAGGCAUCAUUAUCUCCGUUAACUGAAAUAAUUGGGGAGAUCAUUCCGGUUAAAAGUAACAUUGUUUUUUGUAUUCUUCUUGUUACCUAUCAGUUGUAUUCUUUACAUAUUAUAUAGAUAUGCUGUUUACUUAGUUUUAAGUUUAAAUUUCAAAUAAUUUUGAUUCUAAAAUAAGUUUUUUUUUAGUUAUGUUUGUUUAUAAGUAAUCUACAUUUAUUUUGAAUUUUUCUAUAGACACACACAGAUGUUUUCACAUCUAGGUGUCUUUCUAUAUAUUAUAUUUAUACCUACUUAAAAUUGUAAAAUUUUGGCUAAUAAAAUUGAAUUGAAUUGAAUAUAUGUAAAUACAGAAUAAAGCAAUAAAGUAAAGAAAAAAAUAAAGAUGUUAAUAAUAAAAAACAUAUGUGUUGUAUGUUAUGUAUGUACCUCAGAGCCAAACUGUAUUAACUUAAUUUUUUUGAAAAAUUGUAUUAUUUCACUUUCUACGUAACAAACUUCACAUCUUUCAUAUGCGAUACAAUAUUAAAUCCUAUUUAAUGUGGUUCCAAAGAUAGGGUACGUUAAAGUGUAUUAAGUCCCACCAUAGCUCCGUAGUUAUAUUUCUUUUAAACUGCUAUCCUGUAAAAUUUAAAUUUUGUGAGUUAAUACAGUUUAGCUCUGAGGUACAGAUAUGUAAUUGUGUUCUUUAGUUGUAUGAAAGCAGUGUUGACAAAUUAACAUCAAAUUGUUUCCGUUUUGCAAUAAUUUACUUUUUAUUGACGAAAUUAUUGAAACUGUAACUAUUGAGCUGUUUCGGUUAAAGGAGGUUUUGCUGUAUGCUUUAUUUCUGUUUCUUGUUCAUUAGAAGUAAUAAGAUUAAUUUGUAUCUUUUCAUCAUUUAAUUCAAUUUAUUCUUGAAGUUCUUCUCCGUCAUGGGGUUGAAAUGUAUUUUCGAAGUGAUGUGCAAAUCUCAUUGCUUUUUGUUCCUUGCCCAGGUGCCAUCUCUAGUCCAAAUAGAAGGGUUUUGUAUGAUUGAAUAGAAUAGAAAUUUGUCUCUUUAUCAGCAGUUGGUUCAUUGAGACACUUCCCUAUGGAUUCGUGUUGAAUGAGUAUUUCUGGUCCACCAUUAAUGAGAAUAAAUAUGGGCUUCAUACAAAACACUGAUGCAGCGCCAUUUGCACACGAAAAUUCAAUUUAUACUGACUUUUCCAAGGCCUUUGACGGAGUAAAUCAUGAACUCCUGAUUCAAAAGCUUAGCUCCUAUGGCAUAAGUGGACCUUUGUUGCAGUGGUUACAGAGUUAUUUAACCGAAAGAUUUCAACAAGUUCGAGUAAACCACUUUUACUCACAAACCUUUCCAGUUAAGUCAGGUGUACCACAGGGGUCCCAUUUGGGUCCAUUACUCUUUAAUAUAUUUAUUAAUGAUAUUACCAACUGUUUUCACGAUUGUAACGCCUUGCUAUUUGCUGAUGACUUGAAGUGCUUUAAAGUUAUAAAAAAUCAUUAUGAUGCUGCCAUACUGCAAUCAGAACUGAAUAACCUCUCUGCAUGGUGUUCACUUAACGGUAUGAACCUAAAUUCAAUCAAAUGUCAUGUAAUUAACUUUAACUGUACUCACCACCCAAUAUUAUCAAACUAUUACAUUGAUGGCCAAUUGCUCAACACUGUUAAUAAAAUCAAGGACUUGGGGAUUACACUGGAAAACUCUCUUUGUUUCAAUACUCACAUCAUCAAUGUCAUUCAAACAUCUAUGAAAAUGCUGGGUUUUGUAAAAAGAACAACUCGUGAUUUUACAAACAUAUCCAGUAUUAGAGUUCUUUACUUCUCUUUGGUCAGGUCUCACCUCGAGUAUUGUUCUUCAGUGUGGUCCCCACACUACUUGGUCUACAUUAGGAAACUUGAACAAGUCCAAAAUAGUUUCUUCCGUUACAUUGCUUUUAAGCUUCAUACCUAUCAAGAUUACGCUGUAUGGCAGCAUCAACUGCAGGUCCCUUCUCUUGCAAGCAGGAGAAAACAAAGGGACCUUUUGCUAUUAUUCAAGAUCUUAAAUGGUAUAUGCAGUUGUUCUCAACUACUUAAUAAGAUCGCACUGUUUGUACCACCUCGCACCACUAGACAAGUGCGAACAUUUUAUGUACCAUUCCACAGGUUUAAUUAUUCACUUUUUUCGUUCGUACCCAGAGUCUUGAAUUUAGCAAACUCCCUUUACAAUUUACAACUGUUCGACAACUCCAUCAGUCGUUUUAAAAGAAAUUUACAUGGGAUCAAUAUUUGAGUGAAGCGUCUGUAAUUUGUUAACUUGGUUUUAUGAUAUUAUUUCAUAGUACAUAUUUACUUCUAAUAUUAUAUUUAUAUUUCUGUA